AUGCUCCGCCUUUCGCUGCGUCUGCUCCCGGCGCCGCCGACUGCUGCCUGGAUAGUCCUGGCCAUAAGUGUCGCCUUCAACGCCAUCACCUGGACCAGAGUCGCGAAGAAGGGCGCAGUGGAGUGGAAAGGAUACAGCUACGUCGGGGAUGACUAUCCGAGGGAGCUCCCUGUGCAACUGGACUUCGUCGGCAUGACAUUCGAGAAUUCGGAACACUACAGGGCCACGGGGGACCUUGAUACAUGGACAGAAUGGCAAACCCUCACUCAUAUGUUCCCUCAAGGUCACGCGAGCGUGCGUCUCGGUCCCGAAGGGCGCGAGUUUAACGUGUCGAUGUUCACACAACUGGAGUGCAUCGAGACGCUCCGACAAGCGUUGAUCUACGGACCGAACGCACGUAGUGGCAUAUGCCUCAACUACCUUCGCCAGGCCGUACUCUGCGCCUCUGACAUCACCAUCGAUGCUAUGGAUACCAAGGAUGACGACGGUAAUCUCAUCGGCACGGAUGGCGUGGGGUCGACGCACGUCUGCAGGGACUGGUCGCGUGUUUACGAGUACGUGACCGAGAAUCAGAAGGAGUCACACUGGGCGUUGCCUACGACUACGAUGUAA